AUCCUUUAUGAAUUGAAUGUUGAUGUCAUUUUGUUUAAUUGACUUAUGUUUACCAGAGGCGGCCCGAGUGCAUCACAUGGUCCCUGCCUCCCACCACCAUAGGCUGCGGAGGACAAGUCAGACCGGUCCAGGUGAGCCGUGCCGCCCUAUAUUAACAGCUGACCGGCCGCUCCAGAGUCCACGAGCUGAGCUCAACUCUCCAGCGGUGUCUGAGUUCGACUCAUCGGCGCAGCCAUCACAGUCCGCUUUACUACUGCCACCUGCCACCUUCAAGCUGCUCAGCUAGCCCGUCAGCUAACAGCGUGCCAAAAUGAACGGUCAGCAAAACGGUUUCCAUAACAACUCCAUCAACGACGAGGACUGCUUCCUCUUCACGUCGGAAUCCGUGGGAGAAGGGCAUCCCGACAAGAUUUGCGACCAGAUCAGUGAUGCUGUGUUGGACGCACAUCUCAGGGAAGACCCGGACGCCAAAGUAGCAUGUGAGACUGCUGCUAAGACUGGCAUGAUCCUGCUUGCGGGGGAGAUCACCUCCAGGGCCAAUGUGGACUACCAGAAGAUUGUCAGAGAUGCCAUUCAACAUAUCGGAUAUGAUGAUUCUUCUAAAGGAUUUGAUUAUAAAACCUGCAACGUGCUGGUAGCUUUGGAGCAGCAGUCCCCAGAUAUCGCUCAGGGAGUCCACUUGGAUCGCAAAGAAGAAGAUAUUGGAGCUGGUGACCAGGGGCUGAUGUUUGGAUAUGCCACGGAUGAAACGGAGGAAUGUAUGCCGCUCACCAUCGUCCUGGCACACAAGCUCAACGCCAAGAUGGCUGAACUGCGCAGAAACGGGACCCUGCCGUGGCUCCGGCCUGAUUCCAAAACUCAGGUCACAGUUCAGUACCGCCAGGAUCGGGGCGCCAUGGUGCCGCUGCGCGUCCAUACCAUCGUGGUGUCCGUGCAGCACGACGAGGGCAUCAGUCUGGACGAGAUGCGUCAGUGUCUGAAGGAGCAGGUGGUGAAAGCGGUGGUUCCUAAAGGAUAUCUGGAUAAGGAGACCGUCUAUCACCUGCAGCCGAGUGGUCGGUUUGUCAUCGGGGGACCGCAGGGUGAUGCUGGUCUCACCGGCCGUAAGAUCAUUGUGGACACUUAUGGAGGUUGGGGCGCCCACGGUGGUGGAGCUUUCUCUGGAAAGGACUACACAAAGGUAGACCGCUCCGCCGCCUAUGCUGCCCGCUGGGUCGCCAAAUCCCUGGUGAAAGCUGGACUGUGCAGGCGUGUGCUGGUGCAGGUUGCCUAUGCCAUCGGCGUGGCCCAUCCACUCUCUGUCUCCAUCUUCCACUACGGCACCUCCCAGAAGAACGAGGCGGAGCUGCUGGACAUCGUGAGGAAGAACUUCGACCUCCGUCCAGGAGUCAUCGUGAGGGAGCUCGGUCUGAAGAAAGCCAUCUACCAGGCCACGGCAGCGUAUGGCCACUUCGGUCGUGACAUAUUCCCAUGGGAGGUGCCCAAGAAGCUGAAAUUUUAAUGCCCUGUUUGCUUUUUCUUUCUUUCUUUCUUUCUUCUUCUCUCUUUACACUUCCGCUCGCCUACUUCCUCAGCAAUACCAUUUCAAUUCCUGUAGGUUUCGAUCCACAUUGCGCGCCUUAUAUUUAUUAUAUUUAUUGUCAUAGAGUUAUUGGAGUCAGUGUAGCUUAAGAUCGUAGUCACACAAGUGCAUCUCUGGGUUUGGACCAAUCCACUGCCAGCUGUGUUAUCAAGAGGAGAUGUUUAAUGACCACUUCAUUUUAGGAUAGUCCAUGAUCAACCGUUAUAUCCUUCCCCUGGGCUCCCUCGAUUUGUGCAUGAUGAAAUGAGAUGGGAUGUGUUCAUCCUGGGUUCAUUUAUGAUUCCAGUGCUGAAAGCGAUGGUGGGGCAGUUAUCAACGUGCCAUUGAGCAAUACGAGCACCGAUGUUUGACUGACCCUUCAGGCCACAUUCAACUCUGACGUUUUACAGAGAAGUCAGAAGCUGCUAGUGACCUUCUGUUGGGCUGCACAGUGAUUUACUCAGUUUAUAUGAGUUCAAAUGUGAAUGUACCAAAUGACGCCAACAUGCUAGUGACAGACAGAGGUUCCACUCGGCAUGAGGUCGUAACAAGACAUUUUGUGUCCCUACAGAGAAGCCUGUUUGUGGAGGAGUUUCUUCCACAGCAAAAUCCUACUUGAAAUGAUUUCAUGGAUUCAGGUUCAGUUCCAGUUCAGUUCCGUACUUCUGUGUGUCUGCAUCGGCUCUUUCCCAAUAGAUGCAUAGAUUUGCACACACACAAAAAAAACGAUUCGUUUUUAUUUGAACUGGAAUGUCUUUUUAAUAUCCAGGAACUCUGAGUAACUAGCGUGAUUUUAAAUGUCAAGCGGAGGCAACAUUGAACAAAGGUCAGCGUGAAUGAUAAAGGCAUCUGGAAAUGCGUGGCACAUUUUAAACUGCGGUUGCCAUGUGGUGAAAGCUGAACAAGGCUUCACAAAUGUGUUCCAGCAGGCGCUCCAGUCUGAGCCAGACAGUUUAAAACGUGCCGAGGUGGUAUCCAGGUUGCACGAAGCUCUCGUGAGGUGACUGAAGUUCGUCUUUAUUUGUUCUCUGCCGUCCUCUAGCGGUUCAUUGAGUGAAUUACAGAGACCCUCAGCGUGACCGCAGGUGAGGCGCGAUGACGUGGGAGAAACUGUAGGCAGACAACACGUUCCGAAGACUUUAUCCGGCCGUCUUUGCAUCUUCUAUUUGCAUAGGAGACAGCUUUUUGGUUGGUGUUGUACAGAGAAACCAGCCUGUUUACAGAAUCUCGUGUGCAGAUGUUGAUGUCAAGAUAGCGCAGUGUUUUUUGUUUUAUCCUUUAAGAUUUAGAAGCCCGUCCACUGUCCUUGUGGUUGCGGAAUGUGUCCAAAGUGCCUUCUUCUUUACGCUUCCUUCUUACCAAACACUCCAGCCAUUUUCAAAUGCUUUCUUCUUUGGAAAACUGAUUUGAUGUUGAGUGUCUCUUGGAAAGCAUCAAAAAUAAACUGCACUUUUG